GAAAAUCCAAAAUUACCGUACUUUAUUUUACGUUGUAUUUAAUGUUUUUUUGUUUUCCAAUAAUGAUAAGAACAGAGAUGAGCACAGAAAUCUAUACUUUUCGUUUGAAAAUUACGUUAGAUAAUCUAUUAUAAAUAAUUCAAUUGUAAUUUAAAUGGCAAAUCAAUUGAAAACAUCGAUUUAGUUUGAUCAUUUGGACUAAUCUGAUUCUGAAAGUUAUAAUUUAUUUUAUACACCUCCUCGUGCUCUGUAAUAUGUCAUGUUUGAGUAUUGAAUUCAUUUUCUAACAACUUUUUUCUAAAAACAUGCAGGAAAUGCAUUGUCAAACGCCACCGAUUUCAGUAUAUAAAACACUCAUGCAUACUCUCCAUAUUCUCGACGUACCACUUUAUCUGAUUGUGAUAAUCGCCCUUUUCAAAAUUAAAUCAAAUAUUUUUCAAACGUAUAAAUACUAUUUGAUAUGGCAUACAAUAAUAAAUGUGCUCACCGAGUUUCAUAGCUGCUUUCUCAUGCUUCCAGUUGUUCAUCUACCGUACCCAUUACUACGUGCAACUGGAAUUCUCGCAGAAUUUGGAUUUAGUGGCUUAUUCUUGUUUUAUGUCCUAUCUGCAUUUAUUAUACAAACUUCAUUUUCAAUUAUCGAGAUGUUCUAUUUCCGAUACAAAGCUAGCGUUUUUGACUAUCAAAGCCGAAACUUCACAAAAUUCGUAAAGCUAUUCAUAUAUUCAUUUCGUGUUUUAACGAUUCUCUUUCCUGGAAUCACAUUCGGAACAUUUUUCUAUAGUAUUGAACGACAAGAAGAAUACAAAAAAGAGCUUGCAAUGAUUGAUCCAUCAAUUCCUGAAGUAACAUGUUAUUCAUCAGUACUUGCUGCUCCGUUUUCCGAUUCCGUAAUGAUAUCUACAAUGAUUACCUGGUUGGCAUGUAUAAUUUGUGCAUUCUCAGUAAUUCCAAGCACCACUAUUUAUUUGAAUUCUCAUUUGCGGAGUACGAAAAAUAUGUCUCCAGGAGUUGUAAGGAUGCAGAAAAUGCUUUUAUCAAGUUUGAUCGUUCAGACAUUCGUUCACGGAUUCAUGUUGGGAAUACCUAAUAUUCUGUUCGUUUACACAAUAUUUUUUGGGGCUCAUCUUGAAGUUGCGGCAUACGCAGCAUUCAUGUGUCUGACUUUUCAUGGCUUUCUAUCAACAAUUGCUAUGAUAAUGUACACAAAACCAAUACAUAUUGCAAUUCUUGAAACAUUUCAACGUUUUUGUUCAUCAUUGAAAAACAUUAUUGGAUGUUUAAAACCCCAAAAUCAAUUUCAUUAAUUGCUAAAUAAAUUUUCCAUAAAUUUCUUAUCGCGAGAUAUAUCGCAUUUUUUGGCAAAUCAAGUGUACAGACUUUGGAAAUUUAAAGGUUGUGAAGCUAUAUUAAUUUUGUUUUAUAGGAAUUUCUCACGAUAUGCUAUUUUCGAUUAAAAAUUUCCAAUGAUUUUGUAUUUUCAUUCUCAUGAGGCGACUUCAUUCAUCAAAUAGAACCAUAUAAUUGUACAUUGACUUGUUUUAAACAGAUUUCCAAUCAGAUCAUUUAAUUCUUUUCUUGUUGUUUACUUCAUUUCAUUAUCUUUUUACCUUCCCAAUAUCUUUUCCCCUAUCUUAAUGACCAAAUCAAUGUAGUACCUAUGUGCCAAUAUUUACCAAAUUAUCAACUAGUCAAUCCACU